UUUCUCCGGCCCCAUAGCACACUUGGCGCGUCCCUUGGUUCCACUCCCCUUCCACCUCAACGUUGUUUUAUAAUACCAUCUCACCUGUGCCAUCGUCCAUGGCGUUGGCUGCAGCUGGGGAGUGGUGGGAGGCAGCGAAGGCGACCAUCGCGGCGUACACAGGACUGCCGCCGGAGGCGUUCACCGCGGUUGUUGCGGUGAUCGCCGUGCUUUACGUCUCCGGCUUAUUCACGCGGCCAGCGCCGUCGCCGCCGAUAAGGAGGGAGGCGGAGGACGAGAGGACGCUCGAGCCGCUGCCGCCACCGGUGCAGCUUGGUGAGGUGACGGAGAAGGAGCUGGGGAUUUAUGAUGGGUCCGACCCCAAGAAGCCGCUCCUCAUGGCCAUCAAGGGGCAAAUUUAUGAUGUCACGCAGAGCAGUGUCUCCAUGACAAAUACGCUAGAUCUCACUUCAUACCAAAGGCCCUGAGUACGGAUGAGAGUGUCUUCAUGAUUGCCAACACCCAGGCCAGUAUUAACUAUUGUAUUUUAAAUCAAUGUUUGCAACAUAUUUAUCCAUCCUUCAUACUUCUAGCAUCUUUGUGUGGUACACGAUGUUCUAUGGACCUGGUGGCCCAUAUGCAUUGUUUGCGGGAAGAGAUGCGAGUAGGGCAUUGGCAAAGAUGUCAUUUGAGCUGAGUGAUUUAACCAGUGACGUUUCAGGCUUAGGCCCUUUGGAGGUGGAAGCCUUGCAAGAAUGGGAGCAGAAAUUCAUGGGCAAGUAUGUGAAGGUUGGAACAAUAAAGAAGACCAUUCUGGUCUCUGAGGAAGACGGUAGAGCGCAUGCCGACAUAUCUGAAAGAGGCUUUGACUCAAAUGUGAUACAGAGAAAUCAUGAGUUGGUACCAGAAGAAAAUAGAGCUGAAACUACAACUGCAGGUCAUGUAAGUGCAAUGGAGCAGCCAAUGAAAAUAUACCAUGUGGGUCACAGCAAAAGCGUCCAUGAAGAUGAAGUGGAGACGCCAGAGGAAACGCCUGGUGCAGAUUUAAGGAACACAAGCAGCACUGGUUAUGGAGGAGAGCCUGAAGAUGCCGGGGAGAAGGCGAAAGAGGCACCGGAUGUAGAUGUGAACGGUAGCAGAAACCGUGAAAGUGUAGGAGGAUCAAGGGAAGCGCCAAGUGUUGGUUAGAACAAUACAAACAUCCAUCAAGAUGAAGUGGGGAAACUAAAGGAAACAUCAGAUAUUGAGGUGAAUUAUGCGUAGAGUUAUGCCUAUUGAUGAUGAUGUGUAGAGUUGUGCCUAUUUAAGAAGGAAGUACUCUCUCUGUAAACUAAUAUAAGAGCAUUUAGAUUACUAAAGUAGUGAUCUAAACUCUCUUAUAUUAGUUUACGGAGGGAGUAGAAAUUUAACCUUGGAAGAGGACUGAUUCUUCAUGUUUCGGAUCCAAACAGCACAUCCUCUCAACUCUUACUCUGCAAUGCGGCUCACUCUGCAAUGCAAUAAAUGAGAAUCUACUAUGUUAAACCAUGAGAGCAUUACUAAGUGAAAUAAUGAUUCUAUUAGACUACAUGGUAAAGAACUUCUACGCAAUAUUUGGUUGUUAUGGCAAAAACAAAAUAAGAUACAGGAUGAUUCAUCUGAACCAUAUCAACUCCUAAAAGGGUAGGCACAACCAC